UCACGUGAUACUCAAAAUGGCGGAUGACGCAAACUCGGAACGAACUCCGCUUAUUGGUGAUGUCCGUCGCAGAAACAAUGUAGACUUUUCAAAUUCGAUCAAUGAUGACGGAAUACAAUCAGUGCCUCCACAUGGUUAUGAUGCGGAAAAUAAUGGACUCCAAUCAAAUGUAGAGUUUGAUAUUGAUGACACAAGCCAUGUGUUGUCAGGAAUGUACGAGAGUUUGGACUAUGACGUUUGUGAAAACCAGAUACAUCUCAAAGAUAAGCAGCUGCAUUCAACCAGGUGGGUGCUGAAGCGCGAGCUGGCCCGUUGGUUUAUCAUGGGUAUGAUAGGAAUCAUCACAGGACUCAUCGCCUCCCUUAUAGAUGUCUCUGUUGAGAAAAUAUCAGAGCUGAAAUUCUCCUUCAUAAAGAAAUAUGUGGACCAGUGCACGGAGAAAUACUGCCUGAUAGAGCCAAUGUUGUCUUGGGUGGCCAUCAAUGCUGUUAUUGUGUUCGUUGGAUCUACACUUUGCACUUUUAUAGCACCGGUGGCGGCAGGUAGCGGUAUCCCGCAAAUCAAGUGUUUCCUCAAUGGUGUCAAGGUACCGCAAGUUGUACGCCUGAAGACGCUCAUCGUCAAGGUUAUAGGAGUCAUAGCCUCCGUCGUUGGCGGGCUGGCUGUCGGCAAGGAAGGCCCUAUGAUUCACUCAGGAGCCGUGGUGGCAGCAGGGAUCUCUCAGGGACGAUCCUCGACCUUUAGGUUUGAUUUAAAGUUGUUUGAGUAUUUUCGCUCGGACACAGAGAAGCGUGACUUUGUGUCUGGCGGGGCGGCAGCAGGUGUGUCUGCUGCGUUCGGUUCCCCUGUCGGUGGGGUACUCUUCAGUUUGGAAGAGGGAGCCAGCUUCUGGAAUCAGGCUCUCACAUGGAGAAUUUUCUUUGCCUCCAUGUUAUCCACCGUGACCCUGAACAUCAUAGCCAGCUGCCGUAAUGGCAACUGCUUCAACCUUUCACUGCCCGGUCUCUUCAACUUUGGCAAUUUUGGAACUGUGAGCUAUGAUCCGAGAGAGCUCUUCUUUUUCGCCAUCAUGGGUUGUAUUGGUGGAUUGCUGGGUGCUUUGUUCAUCUUCAUCAACACUAAGCUGACUGUGUUCCGUAUCCGCUACAUUCACAACAGGUUUGCAAAGGUGGCAGAGGCUGUAUUGGUGGCCAUUUUGUCUGGCACCAUUUCGUUUCUCACCAUUCUUUUGUACAAUGACUGCCAACCAAUGCGGGCUGAACCAGCAACAUACCCUGUUCAGUUUUUCUGCCCAGAUGGUCAGUACAGCUCCACUGCAGGCCUUUUCUUCCAGACCCCAGAGAGCAGUGCUAUUCAUCUUUUCCAUGAUGCUGAAGGUACAUACAGAUUAGAGACAUUGGGCCUGUUCACGGUGGUGUUCUUUGUCCUUGCCGUGUGGACUUACGGACUCUCCAUUCCCAGUGGUCUGUUCAUUCCUAGCCUGCUCUUGGGGGCAGCCUGGGGGAGGCUGUUUGGACGCAGUCUUCAGCUUAUCUUCCCUCAUGCAGUGUGGCUAGAUUCUGGAAAGUAUGCAUUGAUAGGAGCUGCAGCACAGCUAGGAGGCUGUGUGAGGAUGACCAUCAGUCUCACAGUGAUUAUCAUUGAGGCCACAGGCAACAUCACGUUUGGCCUACCUGUGAUGAUUGUGCUCAUGAUUGCCAAGUGGAUUGGAGACCUCUUUAACGAGGGUAUCUAUGACACCCACAUUCACCUGCAGGGAGUUCCUAUACUGGGCUGGGAACCACCACUCAUGUCUUCCAAUAUAUCUGCAAGAGAGGUGAUGAGUCACCCAGUUACAGUGAUGCGUUCGCGAGAGAAGGUGGGUCGUAUAGUGGACCUGCUGAAGGCAGAACCUCACAAUGGCUUCCCCGUCGUGCAGGACUUUGACCCUGACAACCAGUCUAUGGGUUCUGGAAUAGAGGAUGUUGUUCAAACGUUUGGUACAUUCCGUGGAACAAUAUUGCGCUCACAGCUCAUUGUUCUUCUUAAACUGAAGGUGUUUCUAGAAAAUGCAGAUAUUAAGGAGAAGAUGAGCCAAUUAAAGGCGUCUGAUUUCAGAGAUGCGUAUCCGAGGUUUCCACCUAUUCAGCAAAUUCACAUCUCUCCACAUGAGCGAGACUUCACUAUGGACCUUGAACCUUUUAUGAAUCCGGCCUGCUACACCAUACAGGACUGUGCGACUUUACCAAGAAUAUUCCGUCUGUUUCGUGCCUUGGGCUUGCGACAUGUGGUGGUCAUAAAUUAUAAAAAUGAGGUGCUGGGUAUGGUGACUAGGAAGGAUCUGGCGCGGUAUCGUGCCGACGUCUCACUGGCACGCGGCAAGAUCAAGAUACACGAGCUCCACGUGUCCAAGUGAUACCAUUGGUCCAGAUUGAUGUCUCAACUGUGAUUGGAGGGUUAAACAAAUUGCUGUAGUGGAGUAGAUUAUGAUGCAAUAUAUUAAAGCAAUGAGAUUCUAGUACUCUUUGACAUGCAACUUGCACAAGUAUAUGAGCAACUGUGGAGAUCGGUUUGCAACGUGAUGAUACACGCUGUUAUUAAACAAAGGGGGUUAUACAGGGAUCACCAUGAACGUCUGUCUGUCUCUACACAAAAUGGUCCGCAGGCAUCAUCCUACAAUUUUUAACGUACAGCGUUCAAAUUGGCAAACAUUUUUCCUUAUGAUACGAAGUUGUGCAUGUUCUAUUUUUAUUGUUCCACGUUAUAAAUUACAAAAUUUGUGACCCUUUUUCUACAUAGGAUUUUUGUACAUUUUGAGUUUGCACUCUGCUUAGUUUCAUUAAAUCAUGACCCAGAGGUCAUAAUUUGUGACACCGUUGGGUCAAAAUAUUUAUAAAGACUUUCAUAGCAUACAAUCUUUUCUAAAUUUCCCAAAAGUUUAAAACUUGGUAUGUAACAUGGUCUUGUGGUUUCUACAAACUUGGUAAAAAUAAAUGCCCCUGUGGUUUAAACUGGCAACAAUUUAAAAACAAGUUAAAUUUUGUAUUGUUAUAACUUGCUACAUAUAACUGCAUGCAGUGUCUGGGGGUACUCAUCACCCCUUGACAAGUUCUAGGUUUUUAUUUUUAUUUUAAGGAUUUAAUAAUAUUUUGCUUUUGGAGUUUAUUUAAGAUAUUUAUAUCCCGAAUGAGAAAAAAAAACUUUUUGAAACUUUCUGAUGUCUUAAGGUCAUCACCCAUUGACAAGUUCUAGGGGUUUUUUUAUUUUAAGGAUUUAAUAAUAUUCUGCUUUUGGAGUUUAUUUAAGAUAUUUAUAUCCCAAAUGAGAAAAAAAACUUAUUUGAAAAAAAAACAUCCAACUUAUCAUAUGUGCAUAAAAUUAUUUUCUAAUAAUUUUAUUUGACGUUCCUCAUUCAUAUUAUUUUGUUGGUAAUAGAUGGUGAAAAUUAAAUCUUGACAUUAAAUUUGGUUUAUACAAACUGUACUCGCUGUAAUAUUUCAAAUUUAUAUUGUUACAGACUUUUUACAGAGUGUUAUAUGUACAUGGAUAUUAUUCUUAAUUAUAAGACAUGUUAGAGAAAAUUGUUUUUGUAAUAUUGUGCUUUUGUGCUACCAAUAUAUUUAACUUUUGCACCUGCCAGAAUUUUAUUAUUUAUUUUUAUUAUUAACAGUUAUAUUGUACUAGACAUUUGAAUGUUGACAACAUUUUGUAUCAUUAUUCUUUUCAUAAAUAAUUCAUUGUGCCAUCUGGCAGUUCUAUUUUGCAUACGAUGAUUUACCUGUCGUAGAAAUUUAUCAUCAUUUGGUAAUAACGGUAUAUUAAAUUAACCCUUUAUUUGGUUCAGCAUGGAUAAUUAAACUGAGUUUGACAAAUAAUUGUACAUCAUCAACUAUCAUUCAUAUUCUACUACCCUGAUAUUGUUCUUUAAAAUUGAAGUAAAAUACCCUGUUUAUUACCCAAUAAACUCAUAUGAAUCAUUAAUUUGAAAGAUGGUUCAAAGAUAAAGAUCAGCAUUUUAUGGGAAUAUGUUAUUGUAGUCAACGGAGCAAGAAAUCAAAAACAUAAUUUGAUUGUAAAUUUAAUAUGAGUACUGAUAAAACAGUCAUGCAUUUCAGAAUUGUAUACUUUUUCAGAACACUUUGCAAGAAUUAAAAUACAAAUAUUAUAAUUGAACAAAAUAUUACCAGAAAUAGGUUUACCAGGUAUAAACAAAAUGCAAACAAUGAUUAUGGGCAUCUAACCAACACGAAAUGAAAAACAUGAAUGCAAUGGUCACAUUCUGGUGUUUGUUUAUCUUUGUGUGUCUCUAUUUCAUACCAAUUGUUUUCAGUAAGCCACAAAUACAUUUUAUUUUUUUUAUAUUGCUUAAUCAUGAAAUAUUCAAUGUUUACCUGUAUGUAUAUAAUUAAAUGACAGUGUUAUUUUCAAUUACCAUGUUUGUAAAGUUGAAAAUUAUUUAUUUGAUUUUUUGGUAAAUGUGUCUUGUUUGGAGACCUGCCACAUCAGCAGAAGCAAUCUGUUCAUUUGAGUCGUGUUCUGAGAAAACUGGGCAUAAUGCAUGGCUAAUCAGUGACGACACUUUCCGCUUUUAUGACAUUUUUUGUUUAAAUGAAGUCUCUUCUUAGCAAAAAUCCAAUAUAGGCGGAAAAUGUCGUCCCUGAUUACCCGGUGCGGACUGCACAGGCUAAUCUGGGAUGACACUUUACACACAUGCAUUAUGCCCAGUUUUCUCAGAACAUUUGUAGCUAGCCUGGAGGAGAAGUUGUUGCUGUCUUCAUACGUUUAGCCUCAUUCUGUGAAAACUGGACUUAAAUGAGGACUGCAUAGUGGCACUUUAUGCACAUUUGAUUUAACACUGUUUUCCCAGGGCAUGAAUCAGGUGUGUGUUCUGUUGAUGCAAAUGAGACUGUAAGGUUGAAUGUGAAGACAGUUGAUGUAUGAAAACGUAUGACGUUAAGAAAAAUUGUAGUGUUUUAAUUGUAGAAAAAAGUGCAUGACACAUACAUGGCAUGUAUGGUAUGUUUGUUAGAAAUGUGCAUUAAAGCUUUAUUUAAUUCAGA